GGUGUGUUUUCUGUUCCGACUGCUUCCAGAGGUUUCGGUUUAUUUCCUUUGUUAUUCAUGAUCUCAGCAGGGAGGGACAUUUUCUUCAUCAAGUUAUUGUACCACACUGUCAUCAAUCUUACUUGUGGCAUGAUACUCAACAGC